CGACGUAAACAAGCGCGGCUCCGAACAAAAAUCGGUCAGGAGGUCGGAGGCGCGUUUGAUCUAUCCGUUUCCGAUUCGGGGGGAAUGGGAGUGACUGGCUUCUCCAUGCUGGUACAGAUCAAGAUGAAUCAUCUCAGGGAAGGAAGCAUUCCAUUGAAGUGAGUCACUUCAGAAGAGUACCUGGAUGUGGACGAUGAACCACUAGUGCUGAGUUAGUGAGUGGUAGUGCUAGGGAAGCAAGUUUUAUCAGUGAUGAAGGUGACUGUCUGCUUUGGACCAGUCCGUGUGGUCGUUCCGUGUGGAGAUGGAAAUGGAACUGUCCGUGACCUCAUGCUGCGAGCCACCACAAGAUACAAAAAAGCUGCUGGAUGGCCCAACGACUCGUGGGUGACGGUGCACUCGCUGAAGACCUCGGACGGCGGCCUGCUCGACCCUGACGACCGUCUCAACGAUGUGGCCGACGACCGGGAGCAGAUUGUGGCCGUGUUCGAGGAGCGGGAUGGUCGUAGCGGGCCGUACGGCAACGGUGACGGCCGCUCGGCCAGUCCGCCCGACGGCACGCGCAGUCCCGUACAGAACGGUGACCACAAGUUCCAGUCGUUCUCCCGGGUGGAUAUUGAGGUGACCGGCGAGCAGGAGCACACCUGUUCACUGCAGGUCCGGCGCGGCUCUGAGCCCGCUCUGAACCAGCUGUGCCCGCUGCCUCAGUUCCCUGCCCCCGCCUCGCGCGCCGACGCCAGCAAACGAUGGUCUGCUGCGCCCAUCAUAGACGACGAGCAGCAGGUCGGAGCCGCCAAACGGAAGGCGGCCAGCUGCGACCUGCUGACUCCCCCGGAGGAGCGGGGCGAACCAUCCGGGGACGAACGAGACCGGCUGCCGCUGCCCCGACUGGCCAGGGACAUGAACCGUCUCUCCAUGCAGAUACUCGGCAACAGCGAUCAAAUGUGGCGGUGGGCGGACGCGGCGGACCGUGUGCUGAUCGCCCGCGAGCAGCGCGGCCGGCCGCCGACCGGCAGUCCCGGCUCCCCGGACGUCUCUAUGGAGGAGGACGACCGGCCGGAGACGGAGCCGGCCGACACCCAGCUGGUGGUGCUGUCCGACGUCCGAGGGCCGCUCGGUCUGGACGUGGUGCCGGAGGGCGACCUCUCGCCCUCCCGGGACGGCGGGGUGCUGGUACAGCGGGUGGAGCCAGACGGAGUGGCCGGCAGGGACGGACGGCUGCGGGUGGGUGACCGCAUCACCCAGGUCAACGGACACAGCCUGGCCGGCUGCAACCUACACAGGGCGCAGGAGCUGAUGACAAUGGCCAUGAGUCAGGGCGAGGUGCGACUGACGGUCAGUCGGUCCCGCACCCAGCGUCCGCCGCCGCCGGCCCCCGUCUACCCCAGCAGCACCGUCAGCUCGCGGUCACAGACGCCCGUCGACGGCAUCAGCCCAGACGAGAAAGCGGUGUCUCGCGUGGCCACGGUGACGCCCACCAAGAAGGUGCCCGUCUCGCUCUCCUCGCGUACACAAAACGUCAUCAUGACGUCCAACACGCGCAAGCUGGGCCGCCGGAUGACGGUGUCGCUAAUGAAGGGCACCGCCGGACUGGGCUUCAGCGUCACCACACGCGACAACCCGGCCGGAGGGCACGCGCCCGUCUAUGUGAAAAAUAUCCUGCCCAAGGGCGCGGCGAUCGAGGACGGCCGUCUGCGUCCCGGUGACCGUCUGCUGGAGAUUGACGGCUCCGAGGUGACGGGUCUGAGCCAGCAGCAGGUAGUGCAGGUGCUGCGUGCCGUCAGUCCCGGUCAGACCGUGCAGCUCAUCAUAUCGCGGCACGAACAGCCCGACGAGAAGAGGACCGAGGAGGAGACGGCGCAGAGCCAGCAGAAGAGUGAACCUUCGUCUCCGCAAGAGCAGCAGAUCAAACGAGCACAGACACCGGAGCAGCCGCCGCCACCCGUACCCAGCGUGGGACAGGACAAGGAGAUUCUGGUGUUCGACAUCGCAUUCGACGGAUCCGAGCGGUCCGCACUCGGUCUGAGCGUUAAGGGCAGGACGACGCCGUCCGAGUCUGGCUCGGUCGACACGGGUAUCUACAUCAAGAGCGUGCUGCGGGAGGGUGCCGCGUCCCGCGACGGUCGCCUGCAGCGGGACGAUCAGCUCAUUGACGUCAAUAAUAACUCGCUGCUCGGCCUGAGCAACGCGCAGGCCAUGGAAGCACUGCGCCGCGCCAUGAGCCAGGAGGGUUCCAAGCCGGGCAUCCUGACGCUAACGGUGGCUCGGCGGCGGGCGCCGUCUCCCGGCUCUGGAGGCCAGGACCCGGUCACCGGCCGGUCGGCCGUCUCCACUGCCGGACAGCUCCAGCUACCAGGUGACGGCGCGGCGCCGUGGCGGACCGAGCAGCUGGAUCUGACCUCGGCCGGUCCAUCCGAGGUGACCAUCACCCACCGGCGGGCGCCGCCCUCGGUCGAGCCGCCGCCGGCCGGCAGGAACCCCGUGGUAGACCGGCUCACCGGGCGGAACAACAUCGUCGGAGAGGCGGCUUAUGGCGCGAGCCGGCCGGAGCCGUGGUCGGACGGGCCCGGCGCGUCCGUGCCCCCUGCUCCGCCGCAGCAGCAGCGGCUGGCGCCGGCCGGCGGCGGUCUGCCCCCCUCGGCCACCUUCUCCCCGACUGUGAACAUGCCGUCGGGCGAUACAGUGGUGAUCGAGACGGACCCGCCGUCGGCCUCGCUGGCCUCGCUCAGCAGUCAGCAGUCGGACGCUGACACUGAUGCCGCCUACGCCAGCCAGACGUCGCUGGAGCAGGCCGGUGUCGGUUUCACCCGCGACCAGCUGGGUCGGCAGUCCAUCAGCGAGAAGCGGCACGCCUCCAAAGACGCCAAGAGCACGGACACCUACCAGCGCACGAAGCGGGCGCGGGAGGAGCGCGAGGCGCAGCGGCGGCAGAUCGAGGCGGAGCUGCGACUGCAGGAGGCGGAGCAGCGGGCGAGGCCGACAGGCGACGUCGGCCCCAGUCUGGGCAUGAAGAAGUCCUCCAGCCUCGAGUCGCUCCAGACCAUGGUGCAUGAGCUGGCACUCUCUGAGGAGCGGGACCGGCCGUACCCGCGUCCCGGUAACGCCAAGGUGGUGCGUGGCCGCGGCUGUAACGAGAGUUUCCGCGCGGCCGUGGACCGCAGCUACGAGGCGCCGCUCGGGGACGAGGCCGCCGCGCAGCGCACCGCCAUGGAUACCGUGGACGAGGAGGCGGCCGCCGCCGACGCUGACGACGCGCUCUUCAUCCGAGACCGGACCGUGCGACAGAGCUCACUCAGCACGGGCGCAGUCGACGGCAAAAAGGGCAAACGGAGAUCGGGCGGACUGCUCAAGGGGCUGGGUAGCAUGUUCAGGUUCGGUAAGCACCGUAAGGCGGCGGACGGCGGUGCGCCGGCAGCGCCCGCUCCUCGUCUGACCGCCGAGCAGCUGAGGCAGCAGCAGGAGGAACUCAACAGGAUCGCGGCACGCUACCGACCGGACGGCGCGGCAGCUUCGGCAGGGCUGGGAGGCGAGUCUCGACACGGCGCGGCGCCGGCGCAGCGGGAGCGACAGGAGAGGCAGGAACGGCAGGAGCAGGGUCAACAGUCGCAGAGGCACGGCCAGCCGCCGCCGCAGCAGCACAGACAGAGCCCGCCGGCUGUCGUCGGUCCGCCGCCGCCGGCCCGCUCGGCCAGCCGCUCGGAGCGUGUUCAGGAGCUGCGUGAGCAGCAUCAGCGGCGGCACCGCGAGCGGCAGCCGCCGGCCGGUCACCGCGCCGACACGCCCGAGCACCAGCUCAGCGAGGCCGGCGAGCUGAAGCCCCAGGUGCCGCCGCUGCCCUCCCACCUGGUCAGUGACCGGCUCAACAACAACGUGCACCGCGAGCCCUCCCCCGGCCCGGCCGGCCCCGGCGGCUUCUGGCGCGCGGGACCGCUGGCGGCGCGCGGCGGCCGCAGCAGCGAGUAUUUCCGCAACCAGCGGCCGGCGCCGCUCUCGGCGGAGCGCGCCGCUCUCUGGCAGAGAUCUGAGGAGUCAGCCGGGUGGAUCGACCAGCCGCCGGACCCGUCCCGUCGGCCGGCCACCCGGACGGGCAUGGCCGAGCCGCGGCACACCCAGUACCCCCUGCACGACGAGGGAUCACUCUACAGCGCGCGCGCCGGCCGGCCCAAGCGCUGGAGCGACCAGGUACUGCUGGAGCGCCUGGAGAACCAGUUCCAGUACGAGGCGGCCAGGUCGGGUGGCGCCCCGUGCCCCGGGGCCAUUGAUGGGGCCGCGCCACAGACCGGGACUUACACCGCCUAUAUUCGGCGUGACACGCGCCGGCAGCACCAGGUGUACCACUCGCAGCGCAGCGGUCGGCCGCUCGGCCCGGACCCGAAGGCCGGAGACUGGACCGCCGCCGGGUACUUUGAGUACGAGUCCGUGCAGGCCAUGAUGCGACUGGGCGGCGGCGGCGGCGGCGGCGGCGUGUCGGAACACUACUCGAACCGCUCGCUGCCCCGGCGCCACGAGAGGAUGAGGGCCGGGCCGCACCCGGGCUACCCCGCGCCAGGUCUGAAGCACGCGGUGUCCGCCGGCCCGUCGGGCCCCCGCCGGCCGCCGCACCCGUCCAGUCUGGGCAUCCCCACCCUGCCGCCGGGCGUGCUGCCCCAGUACGGCCGAGCCGUGCCGGACGUGCUCCGUCGCGGCCCGCCGCACCGGCCGCCGGCCCUCAGCCCGCCCGGCAGUCGCGUCUGAGUCACACUGACAUCUACCGGGCCGCUUCGAAACUGAAGUUCACGCCGCCGCCGCCGCGGACUGUGCGCCACAGGAGUUUUAUUCCUGGGCGCGGUAUAACUUGUAUUGUUUUUCUAUGGGUGAUGCGUUGACCAUGUAUUGACUGAUGCUCGCGCCUAUACUGGACAUUCCGAGUCAUUCCCUACCGCCCGUCGAAGGCGCCACUGGGGCUGUGGCCGAUGUUUUACGCUUGAUGUACCAAUGUACCGCCUGUAUGGCGCGCGCGGCGCCGCCCAUUUUCCAAUGUAUGACCAUGUAUGUAUGGGCGCCGAGCGGCGGUGCGCGCCUGCCUUCGUAUCGCCGUGAUAGCCAGAGUCUGGCCGACUCAACAAUCCGUCCUGCUGGCUGGUGGCGCCGUCUGCGCGUGCGUCGUGACCGGACGCGGCAGUGUCUCCGACGGCGCCGGUCCCAGAAGAUUGUGUGGCAGUGUGGGUGCCCGGCAGAGCCCUAGAGCCGCCGGAGACCAGGCCAAAGUAUUGUAUGGUUAUCUACCCGACAGUGAAUACUGAAUAUAUUACUACUGUGACAUGCGU